AUGCGGAGGUUACUGGAACCGUGUUGGUGGAUUUUGUUCCUGAAAAUCACCAGUUCCGUGCUCCAUUAUGUCGUGUGCUUCCCGGCGUUGACGGAGGGCUACGUGGGGACCCUGCACAACAGACAGGGCAGUUCGGCGCAGGCGCAGAUCCGCAGGCGCAAGGCUUCCGGGGACCCGUACUGGGCCUACUCGGGUGCCUACGGUCCUGAGCACUGGGUCACGUCCAGUGUCAGCUGUGGCGGCCGUCAGCAGUCGCCUAUAGACAUUUCGGACCAGCAUGCACGUGUCAGUGAAGAGUACCAGGACCUGCAACUUGAUGGCUUCGACAAUGAGUCUUCUAACAAAACCUGGAUGAAAAACACAGGGAAAACAGUUGCCAUCCUGCUGAAAGAUGACUAUUUUGUCAGCGGCGCUGGCCUGCCUGGCAGAUUCAAAGCUGAGAAGGUGGAGUUUCACUGGGGCCACAGCAAUGGUUCCGCCGGCUCUGAACACAGUGUCAACAGCAGGCGGUUUCCCGUGGAGAUGCAGAUUUUCUUUUACAAUCCAGAUGAUUUUGACAGCUUUCAAACCGCCAUUUCUGAAAACAGAAUAAUCGGAGCUAUGGCUAUAUUUUUUCAAGUCAGUCCACGGGACAAUUCCGCACUGGAUCCUAUUAUCCACGGGUUGAAGGGCGUCGUCCAUCACGAGAAAGAGACCUUUCUGGAUCCUUUCAUCCUCCGGGACCUCCUGCCUGCAUCCCUGGGCAGCUAUUACCGGUACACAGGUUCUCUGACGACCCCACCGUGUAGUGAAAUUGUGGAGUGGAUAGUGUUCCGGAGGCCCGUCCCCAUCUCCCACCAUCAGCUCGAGGCUUUUUAUUCCAUCUUCACCACAGAGCAGCAAGACCACGUCAAGUCAGUGGAAUAUCUGAGAAAUAACUUCCGGCCACAGCAGGACCUGAAUAACAGGGUGGUGUACAAGUCUGCCGUCCGUGACGCCUGGAACCACGACAUGACAGACUUCUUAGAAAACCCACUGGGGACGGAAGCCUCUAAAGUCUGCAGCUCCCCGCCAGUCCACAUGAAGGUGCAGCCGCUGAACCAGAGCGCGCUGCAGGUGUCCUGGAGCCAGCCGGAGACCAUCUACCACCCGCCCAUCACGAGCUACAUGGUGUCCUACAGCUGGACCAAGAACGAGGACGAGAAGGAGAAGACGUUCACCAAGGACAGCGACAAGGACUUGAAAGCCACCAUCAGCCACAUCUCACCUGACAGCCUUUACCUGUUCCGGGUCCAGGCCGUGUGUCGCAACGACAUGAGGAGUGACUUCAGCCAGACCAUGCUCUUCCAAGCUAAUACCACUCGAAUAUUCCAAGGGACCAGAAUUGUCAAAACAGGAGUGCCCACAGCGUCGCCGGCCUCUUCGGCUGACAUGGCCCCCAUCAGCUCAGGCUCCUCCACCUGGACAUCCUCCGGCAUCCCCUUCUCCUUUGUCUCCAUGGCGACCGGGAUGGGCCCAUCGUCCAGCGGCAGCCAGGCGACCGUGGCCUCGGUGGUCACCAGCACGCUCCUGGCCGGCCUGGGCUUCAGCGGCGGCGGCAUCUCCUCCUUCCCCAGCACCGUGUGGCCCACGCGCCUGCCCACGGCCGCCUCGGCCAGCAAGCAGGCCGGCAGACCCGUCCUGGCCACGACCGAGGCCUUGGCCAGCCCCGGCGCCGACGGCGAUUCGGCGCCCAGCAAGGACGGCGAGGGCGCGGAGGAGGGCGCAAAGGACGAGAAGAGCGAGAGCGAGGACGGCGAGCGGGAGCGCGAGGAGGAGGGCGAGAAGGACUCCGAGAAGAAGGAGCGGAGCGGGGUGACCCACGCCCCGCGGGCGCGCAGCCACACCCGGCCCGCCGCCGCGCCCUCGGGCCCCGGCACCGCGGCCCAGGAGGGCGCGCAUCAGACUACACCCGGGCGCGAGCGGGCCCGCACGGCCAGCCCCACCGCCCGGGCCCGGGACGCCCUGGACGCCCGCUCGGCCACCCCCACGCAAGUGCCCCCCACAGUCACAGAGGAGCAGGACGAAGACAGUGACCCCGAGGUGCCAUCCAGGAAGCCUGUGCCCCCAGGGGACCGGUUUCCCGAGGACAGCAGGUUCAUCACUGUUAACCCAGCAGAGAAGAACACCUCUGGGAUGAUAAGCCGGCCUUCCCCGGGGAGGAUGGAGUGGAUCAUCCCUCUGAUUGUGGUAUCAGCCUUGACCUUCGUGUGCCUCAUCCUUCUCAUUGCUGUGCUCGUUUACUGGAGAAAAUGUUUUCAGACAGCUCAUUUCUACGUGGAAGAUAGCAGUUCACCUCGGGUGGUCCCCAAUGAAAGUAUUCCAAUCAUUCCUAUUCCUGAUGACAUGGAAGCCAUUCCUGUCAAACAGUUUGUUAAACACAUUGGUGAGCUCUAUUCUAAUAACCAGCAUGGCUUCUCCGAGGAUUUUGAGGAAGUCCAGCGCUGCACGGCUGAUAUGAAUAUCACUGCAGAACAUUCCAACCAUCCAGAUAACAAGCACAAAAACAGAUACAUCAAUAUUUUAGCAUACGAUCACAGUAGGGUGAAGCUGAGACCUUUACCAGGAAAAGACUCCAAGCACAGCGACUACAUUAAUGCAAACUAUGUCGAUGGUUACAACAAAGCGAAAGCCUACAUCGCCACCCAGGGACCGUUAAAGUCCACGUUUGAAGAUUUCUGGAGGAUGAUUUGGGAACAAAACACGGGGAUCAUUGUCAUGAUUACAAACCUUGUGGAGAAAGGAAGACGAAAAUGUGAUCAGUAUUGGCCCACAGAGAACAGUGAGGAGUAUGGAAACAUUAUUGUCACCCUGAAGAGCACAAAAGUACAUGCCUGCUAUACUAUUCGUCGUUUCUCAGUCAGAAAUACAAAAGUGAAAAAGGGUCAGAAGGGAAAUCCCAAGGGGCGGCAGAAUGAACGCAUAGUGAUCCAGUACCACUACACGCAGUGGCCCGACAUGGGGGUUCCGGAGUACGCCCUCCCGGUCCUGACCUUCGUGAGGAGGUCCUCGGCAGCCCGCACGCCGGAGAUGGGCCCUGUGCUGGUGCAUUGCAGCGCUGGUGUGGGCAGAACAGGUACCUACAUCGUCAUUGACAGCAUGCUGCAACAGAUAAAAGACAAAAGCACAGUCAACGUCCUGGGAUUCCUGAAGCAUAUCAGGACUCAGCGCAACUACCUCGUCCAGACUGAGGAGCAGUACAUCUUCAUCCACGAUGCCUUGUUGGAAGCCAUUCUCGGGAAGGAGACUGAAGUGUCUUCCAGUCAGCUGCACAGUUACGUUAACAGCAUCCUCACACCGGGAGUCGGGGGCAAGACACGGCUGGAGAAACAGUUCAAGCUGGUCACACAAUGCAAUGCAAAAUAUGUGGAAUGCUUCAGUGCUCAGAAAGAGUGCAACAAAGAAAAGAACCGGAACUCUUCAGUCGUGCCAUCUGAACGUGCUCGAGUGGGUCUUGCACCGUUGCCUGGAAUGAAAGGAACUGACUACAUUAAUGCUUCUUAUAUCAUGGGCUAUUACAGGAGCAAUGAGUUUAUUAUAACCCAGCACCCUCUGCCGCACACCACCAAGGAUUUCUGGAGGAUGAUUUGGGAUCACAAUGCACAGAUCAUCGUCAUGCUGCCGGACAACCAGAGCUUGGCUGAAGAUGAGUUUGUGUACUGGCCCAGUCGAGAAGAAUCCAUGAACUGUGAGGCCUUUACCGUCACCCUUAUCAGCAAAGACAGACUGUGCCUCUCUAAUGAAGAGCAAAUUAUCAUCCAUGACUUUAUCCUUGAAGCUACACAGGAUGACUAUGUCCUCGAAGUUCGACAUUUCCAGUGUCCCAAAUGGCCCAACCCAGAUGCCCCCAUCAGCAGCACUUUUGAGCUUAUCAACGUCAUCAAGGAAGAGGCCUUGACCAGGGAUGGCCCCACCAUUGUGCAUGAUGAGUACGGCGCAGUCUCAGCAGGAAUGCUGUGUGCUCUUACCACCUUGUCCCAGCAACUGGAGAAUGAAAAUGCCGUGGAUGUUUUCCAGGUUGCAAAAAUGAUCAAUCUGAUGAGGCCUGGAGUAUUUACAGACAUUGAACAGUACCAGUUUGUCUACAAAGCGAUGCUCAGCUUGGUCAGCACUAAAGAGAAUGGAAAUGGCCCCAUGACAGUGGACAGGAACGGCGCUGCUCUCACCGCGGACGAGUCGGACCCUGCCGAGAGCAUGGAGUCGCUGGUGUGA